AUCCAUGCACUUCACCGUUCAUGCAUCUGUAGAAAGCUGCAAAAAGUUUAUUGGAAAGCAGCACUGGAAUGAUGACGUUUUCUUCUGGCAUAGGACCGCCUGAAGGUGUUAGCAUACCUAGGAAAUCUCUAGAGAAACUCCGGUCCGAGAUCUUAGGUUUCACCUGAAGUGUCGCGGUCAAAGGUCGUCAAGAAACAUGGCGUCCGUGGGUAAAACAGUUUGGUUUCUCCGGCAUUCUCAGCCAGUUUUCUCCCGCCAGUUUCAACGUUUUCAGUCGUCGGAAGUGAGACAAGGAUUUCUGGGCACAGUUGGGAACACUCCUCUUAUCUACUUGAAGAAGAUAAGUGAAAACACAGGCUGUACUAUCCUGGCCAAGGCUGAGUUUCUGAACUCAGGAGGCUCAGUCAAGGACAGAGCAGCACUUUUCCUCAUCAAGGAUGCCCAGGAAAAAGGUUUGAUAGGACCAGGUGGCACUGUUGUGGAGGGGACAGCAGGCAACACUGGGAUAGGUCUGGCCCACAUGUGUCUGGCCCUGGGAUACAAGUGUGUCAUCUACAUGCCUAACAACCAGUCUCAGGAAAAAAUUGAUGCCUUAACCACUCUUGGUGCUGAUGUCAGACCUGUGCCUGUUGCCCCUUUCACAGAUCCAAACAACUACAACCACCAGGCUCGCAGGUUUGCUGAAAGUAUUGACAAUGCUGUUUGGACCAACCAAUUUGACAACACAGCAAACAGAAGAGCCCACAUUGAGACCACUGGCCCUGAAAUAUGGAGGCAAACAGAUGGAAAAGUUGAUGCUGUCACAUUUGGAACAGGAACUGGUGGAACUCUUGCAGGUGUCAGUAUGUACCUGAAGGAUAGAAAUCCCAAAGUCAAGGCAAUACUAGCUGACCCUGAGGGCAGUGUCCUAUACAACUGGAUAAAACAUGGCAAGCUGGAGAGAGAGGGCACAGGCUCCAUCACAGAGGGCAUAGGUCAAGGUCGGGUCACAGACAACCUGAAGGGGGCAGACAUUGAUGAUGCUGUACACGUUACUGACAAAAGUGCUGUGGAAAUGACAUUCCGUUUGCUGCAUGAGGAAGGCUUCUUUGUUGGAGCGUCCUCAGGACUAAAUGUGUCAGCAGCAGUGCAGGUUGCCCAGAUGCUUGGACCAGGUCACACCAUCGUUACCUGUCUAUGUGAUACAGGCCAAAGAUACUAUGCAAAAUUGUUUAGCAGAUCAGUUUUGGAAAGCAGAGGUGUCUUGGAUAGUGUCCCAGAACAGUACAGAACCUCCCUGCAUGACUAGUCAACAAUCAUUCAGUAAUGAAAUUUACAUACAAUAUAUACACAUACAUACCUCUGUAUACUUAAUUUUGACAAACGUUAAGCUAUCAUCUAAUGAAGCCAUCAAAAAGAGAGACUAUAUUUUUUUAUGUCUCACUUUUAUACAUUUUUUAAUCAAGACAUUACCACCUGAUAGGGCUUUGUAGAUGAUACCCACCUGAAUGUGCAUGGUAAUAAAGAAAAUCAGAUUAUUGUUGUAAGCCCUGUGAGCAAAUCACAUAGGAUUCCAGGACUUUGAUGUCCAUGUAGCAUUUGGUAUGAAGAAAGCAUAGUGGUGGAUACAUGCAUAUUGAUUAGUAGAAUUAUGGUACAUAUUGCAGACCGGUGUUAAAAAAGUGACACUUGAAGCUGCAAUUCAUGAAAAUUAGGACCUUUGCCUAAAUGAUAAAUACUGUAAGUCCUUUAUGUAAAAUGGUAGGAAAUUGAUAAUCAUGUAUGUACCACAGUUAAGCAGUAUGACUCAUUUUACAUAAAUAACAUGGACUGCUGUUCUUAUAUAAUUGAAAAUGAACAAAUGAACAUAUUUUGUAUAAAUCAAAGAAACAUUCCUAUAUUUCCCAUUACUCAUGAACUCAUCAAUCUAGCCCAACAUGUGUUGCAUGAUAAAAUUUUAUAUUUACCUGGGUGCAUAAAACUGUUGGUUGUGUGUGGAUAACCCGAUAUUGAAUAUACAUGGAAACAUAGAUUUCAUUUUUCAAGACUGAAGAAUGCCAACAAGAUGUCAUAUUAUUCUAUAGUAUUAUUAUACUUUUAACAAUCUAGAAUUUAAAACUUUUAAUGCCAAAAUGUAUUUUUCAAUCAGAAACAAUAAAGGGCUAAACAAAUCA